GUCGAUGUGUCAAUGUUUUUGCGAGAGUCACUCGAUGCUCGCAGUUUUGUGUGUUUUUGCCAAAUUUAGUGACUCUCUGCCCCAGUUAUUUGCGUGUGAAGCCCCCAAAGUGACCCCCAGUGACCGUGCGCGGCGACGAUGCUCGAAAUGCUGAAGGAAUUGAGUCCGAGCAGCACGUGUUUAGUGACACAGAACAAGACCACCAUCAUCACGAACCUGUACGAGGGCAUCCCGGAGACGCUGAUCCUCAACAUCAUCGCAUGGGUGUUCCUCAUGAUUCUGUUCGCGGUGCUGCGCCAGCAGGCCUGGGACUACGGCCGGCUGGCGCUGGUCAACUCGCACGGUGACAAUCGCCGCUGGACGCAGCUCUUCUACGCCCAGGGCAGCGACGACACGGCGGCCGACGAGAGCCGGCAGGCCAUCAAUGGGGCGCGACAGGCAGAGGCGGGCACCAGCAAUGGCCAGGCGGCGAGCAAGCGCAGCAGCGCCACAUCCACGGGCGCCCCCAUUGACCGGGGCUUCCUGUCGUGGAUCCCUGUGACGCUGCGCCUGCGGAAGGAGCAAAUCCUGGCACAUAGCGGCCCCGAUGCGCUGCACUAUCUGUCCUUUCAGCAGCACUUGAUCGUCGUCACGGCCAUAAUUACGCUCGUGGCCAUCGUCAUCAUCCUGCCGAUCAAUUUCCACGGGGAAUUGAUUGGGGAUGUGAACACCUUCGGGCACACCACGGUGUCCAAUCUGGAUCCCACGUCCAGCGUUCUCUGGGUGCACGUCAUCUGCGCCAUUGCCUUCGUGCCUCUCGUCGUGCUGACCAUGAGGCGCUCCUCGGGCAGGUAUGCCGGCAAAGUGGCGCCCACGAGAACCAUCAUGGCCACGGACAUCGACACGAGGGACAGGAACAAAGCCAACAUCCGGAGUUACGUGAGGGAGCUGUUCCCGGAUAUUGAGAUCGAAGAGGUGCAUCUGACGUACAACAUCACAAAGCUCAGUUCGGUGGUUCAAGAAUACGAGAAAGUGAUGGAGGCGAGAAUCUACUGCGAAGCGCACAAGACCCGCGGGAUUCACGUGAAAGUGUUCCCCAAUUGUCUCACUUGCAAGGCAAUUGAUGCUCUGGAGUAUUAUCGCGAGCGCGAGAAUCAGCUGGCCGGCGAAGUGGCCAGACUGAAGGCGAGCGCCUUCAACGAUCCACUCGGCAUUGCCUUCAUCACAGUGUCCUCGGCUGAGGCGGCCCAGAGUAUUCUCAUCAACUUCCGCCCGGGCACUUACCGCGAGUGGACAAUGAGCUACGCGCCAGCGCCCUCGGACAUCUUCUGGGAGAACCUGAGCGUGAGCUCGAGGCAGUGGUACUUCAAGUGGAGCAUCGUGAAUCUGUGCCUGUUCCUCUUUCUCUUCUUCCUCACCACGCCAGUGCUGAUUGUCAACAUGCUCAACUCCGUGGCCUUCAACAGGUCCGCGGCCCAUUUGAGCCCCUUGAUCUCUGAGUUUCUGCCCACACUGCUGCUCUGGACACUGUCCGCCCUGAUGCCGGUGAUUGUGGCGUACUCGGACAAGUGGUUGACUCACUGGACGCGCUCCAAGCAGAACUACUCCAUCAUGACCAAGUCCUUCGGCUACCUGCUCUUCAUGAUCCUCAUUCUGCCUUCGCUGGGACUCACCAGCGCCCAAGCUUUCCUCGAGUGGACGCUGCACUACUCAGAGAACGGAACAUAUAGAUGGGAGUGCAUUUUCCUGCCGGACAGAGGCGCCUUCUUCGUCAACUACGUGAUCACGUCGGGAUUCAUCGGCACAGGCUUGGAAUUGAUCCGCUUUCCUGAACUCAUCGUGUACAUGUGGAUGCUGUGCACGGCCAAAUCACAAGCUGAGACGCCACACAUACGAAAAUCCAUUGUCGUGGAGUUUCCCUUUGGCAUCCACUACGCCUGGAUGAUCAUGGUGUUCACCAUGAGCGUGGUGUACAGUCUCGCCUGUCCACUAAUCAUGCCCUUCGCGAUGAUCUACCUGCUGCUGAAGCACUUCAACGAUCGCCACAAUCUCUACUUCGCCUAUCGCUACAGCAACAUGAUCAGCCAGGGCGGCGGGAAGAUUCACUCCACGGCUGUGACCAUGACGAAGUUCUCCGUGGUGCUGCUGCUCAUCAUCAUGGCCGCGCUGGCCAGCGUCCGGUCCGCCGGCGUGGACGCUCGCGCCGUGGUUCUGGUGAUCUCCCUCUGUGUCACACUCACGCUCUUCGCCUUCAUGUCGCCCAUCAAGCGCUGCACCACGCGGCCGCCCACAAUUGUGGAGGCCGAAGGUCCAUCGCCGGUGUAUACGCCCGAUGUUCUCCGCGUGCCCUUCCCCGUGCCGCCCGCUUCCACGCCCUCGACCAGCUAUGGCUCCGGGAGUGCGCAUUCCAUCAUUGUGGACGACCAGGAAGUGCCCAUCCGGACGGUGUCGGCCUAAGCGCAGAUCUCGCUGCUGCACAGGUGCGUUUUCUAAUCCUCUUUUGACUGUUUUGCGGGUUUCUCAUGGAAUUUGCAGUGAGAUGAAGGGAGAUUAUGAAUUUCCACUACAUUUGACGAGAGAUUGUGAGAGGAAGCCACGCCCAUUUGAGUGCUCCGCCCAUAAGCGCGUUCAGUCUCUGUAAAACACUCUCUAUUUUGCUUUCUCCGUUUUAUUUCGUUUGACAAAUGCCCGGAAAUGCAAUUAAAAGUCCAGUUUUAGUGAUUUUCUCGAGAAAUAGUAACUCGAAAAUACUCAGUGAAUCGGCAAAGCGUCACAUAAUGAUCAUUUAAUAAGAGGACAUUUCCUUGCUUUAUUGGAGUUUCUGCAUUAAUUGGUCACCACUGAACACAGCAGAUUCAAUCAUAGUAAAUAUUCCGUUGGACGCUCCGCGUGUUUCUGUAUUGUAAUAUUCUUGCAUUUCAUUUGCAAAUUCUAUGAGCAACCCUGUUGUGAGUCUUCAAAAUUUGACUGUAUUCUCCUUCCUUUGGAUUUAUUUAUCCACUAAUUGGCAUAAUAUUAUAGUAUAUGUUUAGUAUUUAUUUAUCACGCACUGCGGGAAACCAAUUGGCACUCUCUAAAAAAAAAAAAUUAGCCUAACAUCGAAGAACAAAAGAGAUUUUAAUAAUGGCAAUCAAUUCAUCUUUUAAAGUCUAUUUACUACUUCAAUUUACUAAAGAACUAUUUCUACAAUUAUAUUGUUUAGGAACAAGAGAGAAGAAACAAUUUAAGAGGAAAUGUUAAUUGUAUAAAAAAAAUGUUGUAAUUUAGGAAUGAGAAGAGAGUGAGGACGAGAAGCUGAGAAAGUUCCGAGGCAGCGUGAGAAAAGCCAGUGAUUGCAAGAAAGUUAAUUACUAGAACGUAUUUUUUUUUAGCUAAAGGAGAAAGAAACAUAGAAAAUUAAUUUAUUAUAAAUUAUCGAUUUUUUUUUCUCUUUUUGUAUUGUUUUGAGCCGUCUUGUCUCCUUGCAUUUAACAUUGAGGUUAGAGAAAAUUUUACAAUGUGUUUUCUGGUUUUUUUUUAGUAGAGGAUAGUUUUGUAGUUAUAUUAUUUUUUGACAAAAUGUUUGUAUAGUGAAAUUUUAAUGAGAUAUAAAAGGAUGGAGACAAAAUACUUGAGCACUUCUAGGAUGAAUUCACACUGAAAGAACCGCACUUGUAGAGUUUAAAAAGAUUCCCUUCUUUAGUAUUAAAGCAUGUUUGAGAAUAUCUCCCAGUUGAGAAGGAAAUUAUAAAUUGCAAUAAUGCUGAGAAACAAGGUAUAGAUUUACGAAAAGACCACUAAUUGUGAUUAAAUAUCCAAAUCUAAGAGUAUAAAUUUAAUUUAUUGUUAAACAACUAAAAUCCCUUUCUGAAUUACAUUCACUCAAGAAAUCUUGAAAGCAAAUUCUAAAAAAGUAAAAAAAAAGAGAAGAGUUUAAGUUUUAUUCGGAUGAUUUCAAGGCAGUUUGCAAGGUGUAAAUAUUGUGUAAGGAAGAAAAUAUGUGGAAAAAAAAGUGGAGAGAGAUUUGUAUAUUUUGAAUACCAUAAUAUUGUAAUUUAUUGUAAUGAGGAAAAUAAUGAAAAUAUUUUA